AUGCGCACGAAUACCGCAGAGAUAGACAGCACGAUCACGCACCCUGGAUCCGUUAAGAUCAAUGUGAAGGGUGCUUUUAUCGUGGAUCAGGAGAAUGGGAGCCCGAAUGGGAAUGCGCCUAUUACUGCUUCUGUGAAUGGAGGGAGUCACGAUACCAAAGAUAUCAGGUUGCCGAAUCAUACUGCCGUAGUCAGUCAUAUUGCUGUCGAUAUUGGAGGUUCGUUGGCGAAAUUAGUUUUCUUCUCAAGAGAACCCCACUCGAGGGAACCUGGCGGACGCUUAAAUUUCAUGAAUUUUGAGACGGAUAGGAUAGAUGAUUGUGUGGAGUUCAUGAAGCAAUUGAAGGUUAAGCAGCAGAAGCUCAAUGGCUCCAGACCGGGAGAAUUGUGCAUCAUGGCUACUGGAGGAGGGGCAUACAAAUACUACGACAAAAUACGGGAUGCCCUAGGAGUCGAUGUUCUCCGAGAAGACGAAAUGGAGUGUUUGAUAAUAGGCCUCGAUUUCUUCAUUACCGAGAUACCCCGCGAAGUAUUCACCUACAGCGAAACAGACCCAAUGCAUUUCGAGCUUCCUCACUCGGACAUCUAUCCCUACCUCCUCGUCAAUAUCGGCUCCGGCGUGUCUAUGAUCAAAGUUUCCGGCCCACGAGCCUACCAACGAGUAGGCGGCACCUCUCUGGGCGGCGGAACACUCUGGGGUCUCCUCUCCCUCUUGACCGGCUCUCGCACCUUCGACGAAAUGCUAGGCAUGGCCGAAGCAGGUGACAACGCCAAAGUCGACAUGCUAGUCGGCGACAUCUACGGCACGGACUACGGCAAGAUCGGUUUGAAGAGUAGCACGAUCGCGAGCAGUUUCGGGAAGGUAUUUAAGAUGAAACGGGAAGCGGAACGGGAGGCAGAGGAUUCGGGUGGGUUGACGAACGGCGAUGCUGGACAUCAUGAUACCCGGGACCAAGAUCCUCCUUUCUCUGCGUCUGACAUCUCGCGUUCGCUGCUUUACGCUAUUUCGAAUAAUAUCGGUCAGAUUGCUUACCUACAAUCCGAGAAACACUCGUUGUCAACGAUCUAUUUUGGAGGCUCUUUCAUCAGAGGACAUAGACAAACGAUGAAUACGCUGAGUUACGCAAUCAAGUUCUGGAGUAAUGGGGAAAAGAAAGCUUAUUUUCUGAGACAUGAAGGGUAUCUUGGUGCCGUAGGCGCGUUCUUAAAGAGACAGCCGAGGAAUUGGGGAAGGAGAGGAAGUUUUGAAGAUGGUGUGGGUGGGAGACCACUGGGCACUGAAGCGAGGGAGAGUGUUAGGAUGACGAUGGAUUAUCCUACUGCGUGA